AAGAUACUUUUCACGUGUACCACAAUGUGGCGCUGUAAUACGCUCUAUUUAACAUAUUUGACUACUAUUCAGUAUCAUUUCAAAUAAAGUAAUUAAAAUGCGCUAAAAAAAUUACAACUUUACAUAAAAGGAUACCUCUAACCACAAAAAUACGUCCGAAUUGACAUCAAAAACUGCUUAGAACAAUGAUAAAAUUAUAUUAGGAAUGGCGCCAAGGUGUCGCCAUUUUCAUAAAACUUUACCAAGACGGUAAAUCGAGAAGGCUGAGGGGAGGAACAAUUCCUCAAAGUGAGUGUGUGCGCUCGAAAAUUGUUGGAAAAAUUGCUAAAAAGCAAGAAUAAUGUACUGGUCCGUGCAUCAGAAAGAAGGGGAUUGAGUUAAAUAUACAAAAAUGCAAGCUGAAAGUAUUUGCACUAAUGAUAUUGAGGGUCUGGACUCAGACACCCUUAUUCCUGUUGAAAUUCUUUCCUGUGAUGUAUCUCAUCGAACACGUUCUCAAGAUGCCUUAUCAAUAGUGGAAUUAGGAAAGCAGUUACUUUUUAGUGCAAAAUAUGGGGAUACUGACAGUGUCCGUGACCUAAUGUGCAGAGGUGCACCAUUCACUACGGAUUGGUUGGGUACAAGUGCAUUACAUUUUGCUGCACAAAAUAAUCAUACAGAAACUGCUGAGGUUUUACUUAGAGCAGGAAUUUCUAGAGAUGCAAGAACAAAAGUGGAUAGAACACCUUUACAUAUGGCUGCAUAUGAAGGCCAUCAUCAGAUGACACAGUUACUUCUUAAUUAUGGUGCAGAUGUCGAUAGCAGAGAUAUGUUAAAAAUGACACCUUUGCAUUGGGCAGUAGAAAGGGAACAUGUAGAAGUAAUGCAUGUUUUAUUAGAACAUGGAGCAGAUGCAAAUGCAACUAGUAAAUUUGACAAAACACCAAUUAGUCUCGCAUUAGAACAUGAUAGGCUAGACUUAGUAGACAUAUUGCAACAAGAAAGAGAAAUUGUAGGUAUUCGAGCACAUCAACAGAAUCAAGCAAAUUCGGCAGAACUUGAAGUAGCAACUCAUAAUUUAAUACAGUUAGAAUCUGAAAGAGAGGAAGAACAACAUAAAUUUGAACUUCCACAGCAUGACUCACAACAAAAAAAAAAGAUUACACAAGUGCAAAUGGGAAAAAAGCCACGAAUGAUCUUUCAACAAAUUCAUGUUGGACCAAAUGUUGAUGUUGAUCGAGAAAAAGAAAUUGAAGGUGUGGGUGAAAUUACUGAUACAAAUAAUAUUAAUAAUAGCAAGAAACGUAAAGAUAUUACAACUAUUGGGGGAAUCAAUAAAAAAUUUAGGUUAUUAGAAGCACAUGGAAUCACAAUGAUACCUGUAGAUAAUGACUCAUCUAUUGUUGAAAAUGCAAUGGAAAGUGGAAGAACAGUUGUUUUAACUGAAGCAGGUAAACUUGCUCUAAACUUAACAAGAAAUUCUUCAAUAGGAAUGAAACGACUUCAUGUAGCUGGAAAGAAAGGGAGUCCUAGGAAAGUGAUAGCAAUUAGAGCAGAUCAAAUUUUAAGUCAUAAUACACCUACACUCACAUCCAGAGGACCCAAUAUAUUGAAAAGAUCUUCUGUGGAUAAUAAAGCUGGAAAAUUGUUCAUUUCUUCAAUUUCUAAUACUACGCCUGUAUCAACACUUACACAAUCUAAAAACUUAAUAUCUCCAUCAGAGAGUAAAAUCAUUAAUUCGCCCUCAAAAAUGACGGAACCAAUAAUUUUACAAUUAGACGAUGAUAUAGAAGAAAUUAUCGAAGAUGAUCCAACACAUGAUAAUGAACCAGUUAUGGAUAUUGCGCUACUGAAUAGACAAUUAGCAGAAGCACGAAGACAAGCAGCUGAGUAUCGUAAACGGCUUCAAAAAAAAGAAGAAGAAGCUGAAAUAUAUAAACAGCAACUUAAAACUAUUACAGCACAAAGGGCAUCCAAGUGAUUUUGUAUAAGUAAAUAUUUUAUCUUAUGUUUCAUUUCUUGAGCCCUCCUUUAUAUAUAAAAAAUAUCUUCCCUGGCUUUUCAGCUUUGUACAAGAUUUCAUUUGAAAAUUAUACUCUAAUAUUUUAAUAUAUUUUCUCAUUGUCUUAUCUCAAAGCAUUAUAGUAGUAUUUAUACGAGCUUCUCGUUACUAACUACUUACUUUCGUAUAGAUUAUUUUACGAGUUUACAAGAUUCUUUAAAUCGGUAUUAUUAAUACUCUUGAUUUAUAUCAGAAAACUGAGUUGGUCGUAUUACAGGGCAUAAUCCUAUAUUAUUUAAUAUAUGCAUGCUCUUUAAAAGCUGCAUAUUAUAUGUGUGCGUGCGGGCGUGUGUGUGCAUGCGCACGCACGUGUGUAUGUGAAUGCGUGAUUAAGUCUGAUUUAUACAGUACACAAAUGUUUUUUAAAAAUAAAUGUAAAUAUAUACAAAGCAUCAAUUUGCUUUCCACAUAAUAUCUUGCAAUUGCUUAUAAUCUCUUUCAUAAUAUAAUAUUACUACCUCCAAAAUAUUUUUUUACAUUAAAUUAUACAUUCAUCACACUAAUAAAAUAAACACAUUAUUUAUUGUUUUAGCUACAUUUAUUACAAAUUACUAUCAGUAAACAGUAUUUUCUUCAUUCUCGAGAUUAUAUCAUUUUCCCACUAAACACGCGUUUCUAGGCAAUUUUAAGAAAAUAGCAUAAAAAUAAAUAAUGCUACAAUAAAAUACGUUUUUAAAUUAUACAUGAUCUAUUUUAUAUAUAGUGAAUUUUUAUAUAUAUUUUAAGCUCACAUAAUAAUUAUGGAACUAUUCUAUAAUGUCGUUAAAUAAUUAUAACUAUAUAAAAAAUAAAACAAAUAGAAGAUUUCUAUCAAAAUAAAAAGUUUUAUGAACAAAAUUUGAAAUAAUAAAUAUUACCUAUCUCUUUAUAUUUUCUAAAACAAAAAUGCUAUAAAUGUUUAGCAGACAUCGUAUAUAUCACUUACAUAUAUAUAUAUAAAUCAGAGGAACAUAAUGAUUCAAAAUUGUAAUACAUUGUAUUGAUUAAUUAUAAUUAAUUUUCAAUCAGUAAAAACGAUAUUUUUUAUGGACAGUUUAUCGAAAGCAUAAAAUGUGGAAAGCAAAUAUAAAUAUAAAAUAGAGUUUGAUUAACAAAUGUAUUUACAUAUUAUUUCGAUAACUACUGUUAUCGUUCUGUAUAUUUUCGUACAAAUAAGAUUUCAUUUCAAGUAUUUUAUCAGUAAUUUCCAAUUAAAACAUAAUUCAAAAUUAUGAAUGGUUACUUUGUUUAUUUAACAGUCUAUAUGGUGCUAUGUAUUCGAGUGAAAUCCUAAAUAAUUGAAACUUCUAGCUUAAGAACGACAAAUAGAAAAAUGUACAGCAGACAAAAAGAAAGUAGUCCACUCAGGUACAAAUGACGAAAUGUAGAAUGUAUCAAAAAGAAUUAACAAGUGUCAAAUAUUAUUGAAUCCAACAAAUUACAUAAUAUUAUGAUUUUUUAAUAUAUGUUGUAAAUAUGAACGUUUAUAUAAUACAAUAAUGAUAAUAGAAGUUGUUGAUGCAAAGUUGUAAACUUUCACUCGAAAAUAAACAUUUUAUAUUUCACGAA